CGGCCGUCCUGCGGCAGCCGGGGCACCUGGCUGCGGCGUGCAGCUCGGCUUGGAGGCAAUGCGGGAGGAGGAAACGAGCCGCCGAGCCGCCCACCAGCCCUCGGAGAGGAGACCGCACUGCUGACUCCCCCCUUUGCCGGCUCUCUCUCCCCGCAGCGCCGCAGCCGGCUGCCCCGGCAGACGAUGUCCCUCAGAGCCACCCUCCUGCUCGCCCUCCUGGCCACCCUGCCAGUGUCGCCGGCCGAGCUGGCCCGGAGCGGCUUCUGGGAGUACCUCAGCCAGCUGACGAGCGACAAGGAGAGCCCGGAGCACGGCGCCAAGCCCGGCCGGGACAUCACAAACCUCAAGGAAAGCAUCCGGGAUGGAGUCAACUACAUGGGAAACUUCCUGGAGAAACUGGCGCCGCUCAGCAGGGGCCUCCAGCCCCGGCUCUACCAGGACUCGGACGGCCUGCGCAAGCUCCUCAGGAAGGAGCUGGAGAGCCUGCGGGUGAAGCUGUCCCCCUACGUGGAUGAAGUGCACCACAAAGUGGGCAAGCACCUGGAGGACCUCCGCUUCCAGCUCCAGCCGUUCACCGAAGAGCUCCUGGACCAGGUGUCCCUGAAGGCGCGGGAGCUUCAGCGUCACCUCCUUCCCGGCCGAGACGCGACGGCUCAGCUCCUGGACGGCGUGGACGAAGUGCAGAAGUUCAUGGCUCACUACGCCGAUAAAAUAGCCUUUCACACCGACCAGGUGAAGGACAUUUUCCACCCGUACGCUGACAGGCUGCUCACCGAGAUCCACCGCAGCGUGGAGGAGCUGCACAGGAACGUCAUCCCUCACAGCCAGGCCAGCCCGGAGAAACUCAACCAGUACAUCCAGGAGCUGUCCGCGAAGCUCACCCAGAACGCCGGAGACCUCCACCAGAAGAUGCAGAGGAACCUGGAGCAGCUCAAGGUGAAGCUCAGCCUUUACCCCGGCAGCCUGCGGGAGCGGCUGGCCGGCGCGGCCGCCGGGUCUCCGGUGCCGGCGGACCACUACGCGGAGGAGCUGGCGCGGGAGGUGCAGCGGCAGGUGGAGGAGUUCAGGAGGGACACCUACCUCCAGAUCGAGGACUUCACCCGGGUCAUCGACCGGGAGACGGAAGAAAUGAAGCUGAAAUUGUCCUCGCAGCCCUUGUACCUGGAGGAGUUUCAGGACAGCCCGGUGCCUAUGGAGGACUUGCACGUGCGCCUGGACUCCCUGUGGAAGGACAUUUCCCGCAGCCUGAGCGAGCAGAGCGCCGACAGCCAGUGACGGUGGGGCCACCGCCACGUCCCCCCCGUCUGCUCG